GAAGAGCUAAGAAAACAUGGCUGAACCAAAGUCACUGGAUUUUAGGGCUGCUUCUUUUUUGGAAACACAAGAAGGCAGUGACAAGACAAUACCUGGGCCUCUGCAGUCUCUUUGCCAGUCGUCUUAGGUUAUCUGGCCUGUCCACCUUGUUUCUGUAGCUUUUGUGGCUCUGGAUGGCUAGUGAAGAGGGAUGUUCAGUCUAAUGGCCAAUUGCUGCAGCUGGUUAAAACGGUGGCAGGAACCUGUCAGGAAGGUGACACUAAUAAUGGUGGGUCUUGAUAAUGCUGGUAAAACUGCUACGGUUCGAGGAAUUCAAGGAGAAUCUCCUGAAGAUGUGGCUCCAACAGUUGGGUUUUCCAAGAUUGACCUUAAACAGGGACGCUUUGAAGUCACAAUCUUUGAUUUAGGAGGCGGAAAACGAAUUCGAAAUAUCUGGAGAAAUUACUAUGCUGAGUCCUAUGGUGUAAUAUUUGUUGUGGAUUCUAGUGACAUUGCAAGAAUGGAAGAAACAAAGCAAGCCAUGAUAGAAGUUUUAAACAGCCCUAAGAUAUCAGGAAAACCCGUGUUAGUGCUGGCAAAUAAGCAGGACAGAGAAGGAGCUCUGUCAGAAGCAGAUGUAAUUGAGUCCUUAUCUCUGGAAAAACUUGUCAAUGAACACAAGUGUCUAUGUCAGAUUGAACCUUGCUCAGCUAUCAUGGGCUGUGGGAAAAAAAUUGAUAAAUCAAUAAAAAAGGGGUUAUAUUGGCUUCUACAUAUAAUAGCGAAAGAUUUUGAUGCCUUAAAUGAGCGCAUCCAGAGAGACACUACAGAACAAAAAGCAUAUGAAGAACAAAAGAAACUAGAACGAGCUGAGCGAGUGAGAAGGAUACGAGAAGAAAGGGAAAGAGAAGAAGGAAGAAGUGUACCUGAUGAGGAAGACCCUGAGCCUGGGAACUCUGAAAACCCCUUCCAGCCUAUAUCUGCUGUAAUCUCUGAGAAUGAAAAACAAAUUGAAAAGGAAAAGAAGCGGCAAAGGUUGGAGACUGAAAAGGCUACGAUUGUCUUGAAAUCGCAAACAGAGCAGGAACGAAUGGAUGCCCAACACUUAUCAAGCAGUAGCCAAAAUAUAAAUGAUAGUAGACUAGAAACAUGCAAUUCCACAACUACACAGCUUUUGCAGCAUGAAGAGAAUGAGCAGCAAGCCUCAGAUUGCCUCGACUCAGACAAUAAUAAGAAAAAAAAUAAAAAAACAAAAUUAAAAAGGGGCCACAGAGUAGAACCUAUUAAUGCAGAGGACACCGUUUCCAAAAAUCCUACACCACCACCAGCUCUUCCACCAGUUGGCUGGGGAACUCCCAAACUUAAUAGACUUCGAAAACUUGAGCCUCUUGGUGAAACACAUCAUGCUGAUUUCUAUGGAAAGCCUCUGCCCCCGCUGACUAUACGCCAAAGACCCAACGGUGAUACCCAUGAUGUCAUUGCUUAACUGGAUCACAAAAAGCAUUUAAAAAACAUUAGUAAAAAAUUAUAUCAGUAAUGGUUUUUGCCCUUGGAGGAAAAUUUUUAAAAUGACAGCCUAUCAGCUUGUCACAAAACAACUUGAUGACAAUUAAACAUGGAGUUCAUUCUACCGUACUUAGUUGAUCAGACUUUGUCAUUUACUUUUCACAUCACCAGCUCUUCUUCAGGAUUUCACAUGAAAUCAAAAAGGUCUAUGUGUCUGUGGAUGCUCAUAAGAACACGGUAUUGAAUAUUUGUUGGGUUUACUUAUGAAAAUACAUAGCUGUAAACCUGAAGAAAAAUACCUUCAAGAUCACAUAAUACUGGGUCGUAUGUUCUCACCAAGACCUUUCUCCAGGUGCUGCACAGUGGUUGGUAUUUUUGCAGCUAAUAAAUAGUUCUAAAGCAUUUUGUAAGAUUCGUGUAUGAUAGAGUGAAUAUAGGAAGGUUAUGCAACAAAUAUUGAGUAUAUUUUUCUAACUUUUUAUAAAAUUAUUUGAAAGUUUGAGUGGACACGCUUACCUACUACCAAUAAAAGGAUACCUAGAAAGCAUGAGAAAGCUGAUAGUCAAAUGCAUACAAGUAGAGUAUGUUUGACUCUUACAUUUCUCUUACAGUAGCAAUAUCUCUUUAGGGAUUACAUUACCAGAUGCAUAUUUUGUAUUUCUGGCAAUCUAAAGGGGGAGGAAGGUCAAAAGGGAAGUUUAAGAUAAAUACAUUUUAUACAAAAUUAUGGUAUUUGAAUUGUCUGAAGGUUUUCUUAUGUAUUGUUUUCUUUGUUUUGUUAACUGAGUUUGGCGUAGGUCAAAAAUGCAGCUGGAAAAAUAGAGCUGAAUAUUGCAUUCUCUGCUACAUCAUACAAGAAAAUUGCACAAAGUGAAAGUUUUGCACUAAUUCAGUCAUCAGUUCUGAUGGAAAACUGAGUCAACCAGUGUGCAUAUAAGCUCCAGCACUUUUUAAUCUCAACAAUACUACGAUACCAUCUUGAAAACAAAAGAAACUCCAGAUUUUUAAGGUCUUAUAUAAUAAUUCCCUGUAAUGUGUUAAUUUUAGAUUAAAAAAAUCACAUACAAGUGAUACAUAAACAACAAGGGUGACAAUUGGAUAUAUUUCUAUUUAAAUGUUCUGUAUACGCUGUUCCUCCUCUUACAGUGGAGACAACCGUUGGUAUAUUGUGCAAAGGUAUAUUGUUACGCCACCUAGUUACAGCAAGGAUGAAACCCCCAUUCAAAGGUUUUUUGAAGAAGCAUUACCUGAUGAUUUUCUAUUACUCUCUCGGUCUUCCAUAACAUGUUGUUUCGAAAAGGUUUUAGUAGAUGUUAAAACAAUGCAAUGCAUAUAUCCAGCAUUCUGACAUUAGAAAUCUUUAUCAUAUACCCCUUAAGCAAUGAGUUACACAAAUAAGGAUGAAACAAUUUGUAUGUGACUGUCAGCAUGAGGAUACUUUUGUUGUAUUCUAACAGCGUGACACAGUUCAGUUUGAUUAUUCUCAGGAUUUACUCAUUUUCAUUUCAAACAAACACAAUAUUAAGUGGAGGGGGGGAGUGCAUAAAAGUUUACUUGUGCAGUCUCAAUUUUACUGUCUUUAGCUAUGUUACCACUUAAUUUUUUUGGCUUAAAGGCUCUAUU